GCGCGCCAGUCCUCCGCCCCCAUUCAUCCGCCGCGCCUCCGUUCUUCUCCUUUUCCUUCCCUCCAUUUGCAUCUCCUCUCCAUCCUUCCUCCUCCAUCAUUGCCGCCGCAGUCCCCUCAUCUCCUCCACCGCCACUGCCACCGCCCUCCUCUACUGCUGAUAAACCCUGGUCCUCUACUUGUCUCUCCAACAUGGAGGAAGUAGAAGCAUCAACAAACCCAUGUCCACUAAUAGUAAAGGAACCAGCUUUUUGUGAAGAGUGCAAAAGUCAUCCAUCAAAGUACAAGUGCCCAGCUUGCUCACUCCGUUCUUGCAGCCUGCCAUGUGUCAAAGCUCACAAGCAGCGCACUGGCUGCAAUGGCAAGAGAAACAUGACCAAGUUUGUUCCUCUGUCCAAGUUUGAUGAUAAUCUCCUACUCUCUGAUUAUAAUUUGCUUGAGGAAGUGAAGAGGAUUGCUGAAUCUGCACGAAGAGCAAGAGCAAAGUUGUGUGGUUAUUCUCAUUUUAAGCUACCAUUUGUCCUUCGAAGCCUUCGAAGUGCUGCUGCAAGUCGUGGAACAAGGCUAUGGUUUCAACCAGAUGGGAUGUCAAAGAGGGGUAAAAAUCAAACUCGGGAGAAGUUCAUCUCUUGGACGAUUGAGUGGCGGUUUCACACAACAGAUGUUGUUUUACUUGACCAUGGAGUGCAUGAAGAGAAAAACUUCUGCUCUGUAAUUGAGAACCAUCUAAAACCUGGCCCAUGGAAUCACCAGCUAAGGCAGUUCUGUGAGCAGCCACUAGAACAUCUAAAGUUUUUCAUCCGCAAGUAUCCAAAGGGACCCAAGUCACCAUUUCGCAGCUUGGAUAUUAAAGCCCCAAUAAGGAAACAGUUAGCCAAUCUAGUAAUUGUGGAAUAUCCUGUAAUUCAUGUUUUUCUCCCUUCACAUAGCUGUGAUUUCGAAGUUGUUAGAGAUGACUGUGUUAAUCAUAAACCACAUCUCAAGGAUUCUCCCAGCACCGAUAAUGAAAGCCCAAAAGGUGUUACCUUUCAUGAGGAGGAAAUUAAAGAAGACAUCACCAGCGACCCUCAAGUAUUUGAUCUCGCAGAGCAUGGGAAUUUAAGUCCAAUGCACCAAAUCCACAGCCAAAGCAGGUUUGAGAAAUCAUUAAACAACUUAGAUAAUGCUUUGUUGGAAGACACUGGAGCAGGCAAAAGUUUGCAUUCCGAUUCUCAUGCCAAGGAAUCAGUAGAUUUGGAAGACAUGAAAAUCGAUUUUGAUCAAGGUUUAUUAGAUAUAUUCUCAGAUAUCAUGGCAGAAAUCAAUGAUGAUGAUUUUCUACAUUUUGGAGGUGAAUUUGCUGGAGAACCAGAAACAAAAGAAAAGGCCAGCCUUUCAAAUACCAAGGAAAACUUCUUUCCUGAGGAAUUGGAGGAAGGGGAGAUUGCAGAUUAACUGGUACCUUAUACCUUUUCUAAAAUGUUCAUUUACAGUCACCCGUUCUGGUUAUUUAAUAUUUAUUAAUGUUUUUGUGGGGAAAUUGGAUGUGUUGUGAUUAUACCGUGGUUAUGGUUUGGAUUGGCGAAAUUAUAUAGAAAUGUCUCACUUUGGGAUUAUUAUUUUUUCUUUGCAAGGGAAACUCAUGGGAUUUAUAUAAUAUUGGCAUGUAUUGGUCGGUGAAUUAUAAUAUGGUUCUACCGAAAAAAAAAAAUAUAACUAAUUAAACAUU